GGGUUUUCCCGCAUGCUUGGUUUCACGUUACACCGGCGGCGGCGGAAGUGAACGUGUUGAAGGGACCAAGAUGGCCGCUCCCUAUGUGACCGAUGAAUCCGGAAAAUACAUAGCAUCCACUCAGCGUCCGGAUGGUACAUGGCGGAAACAGCGGAAAGUGAAGGAGGGCUAUGUGCCUCAAGAAGAGGUUCCUGUUUAUGAAAACAAAUAUGUAAAAUUCUUCAAAAGCAAGCCUUCACUUCCUCCAGGCCUGAGCCAUCAAGAGCCCCCUGCUAACAUGACGCAGCAGUCCACAAAACCAGAAACAGAAACCGCCCUUUCUAAGACGGCCAAAAGGAAUAUGAAGCGCAGUCAGAAAAGAAAACAAGAUAAAGGUGAGCGGGAGCCAGUGGAAGAAGCCAGGCAGGAACUGGAGAAGGUUAACAUUUCUGAAACCACAGAAGCAAAGGACAAAACGACCGACGAGAACCCAGCAGCUGAGAAGGCAAAGAAACUCAAGAAUCUCCGUAAGAAGCUUCGACAGGUGGAGGACCUACAGCAAAAAAUAGACUGUGGAGAGAUUAAACAGCCAUCCAAAGAGCAGUUAGACAAGCUGUCCAGGAGGAAAGCUUUAGAGGAGGAAAUUGAAGACCUAGAACUGGACUUGUAGAACUCUUCAAAUAAGUAGUAGCAGAAGGCAUUUAUUGUGGGCUAGAUUUCCUGGGGACAUGUUUGGCAUUUUCUGUUUACGUCAUUUCUUGUUCACUUGUUUCAUUGUAGUUUUCCUGGGAUAAAAUCUGAGAAUUGUCCAGGAGAUAACUUUUUUAGAUUGCCCACAGGACAUCUGAUCAUUGGAUCUUAUUUGCCAUCAGUUUUUAGACCUCUGCCACUUAAAGGAUAAGUUCACCUUUUGACAAAAAAUAAUACAUGCACAUUUUUUUUUUUUGCGGGU